AUGGAAAAAGUUGCGAAACUGAUUCAAGAACAGUUGAAACAGCAGCAGGAGCGUCACGAUGAACAGCAAGUAGAACAACAAAGGCGUCACGAUGAACUUCAGGAAGAACAGCAAAGGCGACAUGAACAACAAAUGAAGAUGAUUCUUACCUUGGUUGAGAAGGCUGGUUCUGGUGAAACGGCAACGUCUUCCGUUGCCAUUCCAAGUUUUACAUCGUUUGACUCUACAUCGGAGCUGUGGCACGACUAUUGGUCGAGGUUUACUACGUUCACACGGGCACAUGCUGUACCAGAAACGAGGGUGGCUCAAGUNUUUUUGACCAACCAAACGACCACUACCUACAAGCUUCUUUUCAGUGUGGCGGGACAAAGCUCUCCAGUAAAAACCGUCAACGACCUUUCAAUUGAAGAUAUUGAAACCUUUAUGAAGCAACAGUUCGACCCGAAGCGAUUUGUAAUUCGGGAACGUUUCAAGUUUUGGAGCAACAUGCAACGAAAGCCUGGAGAAACAGUGCAAGAAUUGGCUGCACGCAUUCGCCAGGACGCGGGCACGUGUGAUUUUCCUUCGAUACAAAACCCGCUGGACGAGGCAUUGCGAACGAGGUUCAUUUGCUCCAUAUCCAACGAAGCGGUACUGAAGCCAAUUUUUAAAGUUAACGCUGAUGAGCUGACAUUUACGCGUGCUGUUGAAAUUGCCACGCAAGCUGAAGAAGCUGCAAAGGUUGCAAAGGAGACCGUUUAUGGAACGCGGGCACCUGUACACAAAGUACGAGAAGCAAAGAAAACCUCUGUCGUCUCACCCGCUAAGAAGCAAGCCUAUAAAAAGAAAAUUCGUUGCUAUCGAUGCGGGAAAGCCGAUCAUCUUGCCCCUGCUUGCCAUUAUAAAACGGCCAAGUGCAAUUAUUGCAAAAAUGUGGGACACGUGGAAGCUGUUUGCAGAACGAAGCAGCAGGCCUCCGUUGACAACGUCAAGGUGUUACGGCCAAUAAAGCAGCAAAUAGGUUCCAAUAAGAAACUAGAGGUGAUCGUUGGUAUUAAUGGUAAAGAAUGCAUGUUGGAGAUGGACACGGCAACUAACGGGAAUUUCAUUUCUGUCGAAACUUGGAGAAAAGUGGGCAAACCGAGAUUGAAGCAGUCAACCCGGCGUUUCAAUUCUGCGACAGAGCAGUUAGUUCCAAUCGUGGGAGCAUUCGAGGCAAAAGUUCAAUAUGGAACAUCCGAGAAGUAA